AUGUCUUUCCUCAAGAAAUUCUUCCAAAACAUCAUCCAUGACAGAAACCCUGAGGAUGACCAAAUUAAAGUCAAAGGAAAGUUGACACCUGUGUUUUACGGGACUGUGUCUCCAUACCCAAACUUCAAUGCAACUAAGGAUGCUCAGGUUCUGCAAAGUGCAAUUGAAAGUAAAGGGGUGGAUGAGGAUGUAAUUAUUUCAGUCUUGGUCAAAAGAAACAAUGAGCAGAGACAGAAGAUCAAAGCAGUUUAUGAGGCUUUAACUGGUCAGCUAUUGAGCAAAGCCCUGAAGUCUGCGCUCAGGUCAGAUUUAGAGGACAUAUGUCUGGCCUUACUAAUGCCGCCAGCCCACUUUGACGCCUACCUGAUCAGAGCUGCAACCAAGAGACUGGGCACAGAUGAAGAUGUCCUAGUGGAGGUUCUGGCAACCAGGUCAAAUGAAGAAAUCCGAGAGUUGACGAGGGCCUUUAAAGAAGACUACGGGGAAGACCUGAAGGAGAUUAUUAAGGAUGAAACAAGCGGUGACUUCACUGCAGCACUUCUGAGAAUGUUGGAGGCCGACAAAGAUGAGAGCACGGAUGUUGACAUGGAUCGGGCCAAAAAGGAUGCCAAGACUCUGUUUGACGCGGGUGAGAAUACAAAAGGAGUGGACAUCUCUCCUUUUUUGGACAUUUUGACGAAACGCAGUGGGCCUCAACUCUCCAAAACAUUCCAGAUGUAUGCCUGUGUCAGUGACAUGACGUUACCUAAAGCUCUGGACAUGGAGCUCAAAGGAGACAUUGAAGACUGUCUCAUUGACAUUGUGAAAUGUGCGUGGAGCACACCAGCCUUCUUUGCCGAGAAGCUCCAUCGAGCUAUGAGGCGCCACGGAACGUGUGAAGAUACACUGAUCAGGGUGUUAGUAAGUCGCUCAGAGGUAGACCUGAAGAGAAUCCUGGAAGAAUACAGGGCUAUGUAUGAUGCAACUCUACAGGAGGACAUACUGAAAGACACAGAGCAUCAUUUUGAGAAGAUCCUCAUUGGACUGUGUGGACCCCACUGA